GUCAAGGGCCCUUAUCACAUGAUGCCUGAGUGCACUAUGAUUUUGGUUAAUAUAAACAAUGAAGGCUUUGAUUGCACUAGCUCUUGUAGCUCUAGCAGCUGCCAGGUUUGAAUAUACCCAAGAAUUCCAGGACUGGAAAGUCAAGUACAACAAGGCCUAUGAGACAAAGGAGACUGAGCUUGCACGUCAAGUCAUCUGGGAAUCAAACAAGAAGUUUGUAGAGAACCACAAUGCUAACUCUGACAAGUUUGGAUUCACUGUUGCCAUGAAUGAGUUUGCUGAUCUUGGUGCUGGUGAAUUUGCAAAUAUCUACAAUGGUAUAAUCCCUCAUCCUCCUUCCUACAACAAUACCAACACUUUCAAGAGAACUGUUAGGUCUACUUUUGCCUUAGCUGAUAGUGUAGACUGGCGCAAAAGUGGUGCAGUAACUGGAGUUAAGAAUCAAGGCAAGUGUGGAGCUUGCUGGGCAUUCUCAGCCACUGGUGCUCUGGAAGGACAGCAUUUCAUCAACACUGGUACCCUAAUCUCUCUCUCUGAGCAACAGCUCAUGGACUGCUCAAGCUCUUUUGGUAACAAUGGGUGUAAAGGUGGGCUGAUGGAUAAUGCAUUCAGAUAUCUUGAAACAGUUGCUGGUGAUAUGACAGAAGAAGCAUAUCCUUACUUGGCUGAGGUUGGAACUUGCCGUUAUAAUAGUUCCGAAGCAAAAGUUAAAAACACAGUUUACAAAGACAUUCCUGAAGGAGAUGAAGAUGCACUGCAAGAGGCCGUAGCUACAAUUGGACCUAUUUCUGUUUCCAUUAAUUCUGAACACUCAAGUUUUCAACUUUAUGAUCAAGGUGUGUAUUAUGAACCUACAUGCUCUUCAAGCAAGUUGGAUCAUGGUGUACUUGUUAUUGGAUAUGGUACUAGUGAUAAUAAUGACUACUGGCUUGUGAAGAACAGUUGGGGAACCAACUGGGGUAUGGAUGGUUACAUUAUGAUGAGUCGUAACAAAGAAAACAACUGUGGUAUUGCUACAAGGGCCUCUUACCCCACUGGUGUCAAUUAAUCUCUGAAUAAUAAUAUUUUUUAACAAUAAUUUUGUUUUUACUGUAAUUUUUACUGUAAGCUGUGUUGAUUUCAAUAACUAUUAAUUAACUAGA